UGGCUUGUCGACCAAUAGGAAAGCUCCAAUCGAGCGCGGACUUUCUGGCCGGGCGCUCAAUGGCGACGUUUGUGUUGCUUUUUCUUCGGGACAAUGUUUCGACUUUAAACGCGACGUGGCCUCGUGAGCGUCACCAAAGCCGCCAGCAUGAGCGAGUCCGGCACCAGUGACGAGUUUGAAGACAAGAACAAGAGGAAGGAGCUGAGCAAUGAGCAGAAACGUGAAAUUCGGGAAGCUUUUGAGCUCUUUGACACGGACAAAGACAAUGAAGUUGAUUACCACGAGUUGAAGGUGGCGAUGCGAGCGCUGGGCUUUGAGGUGAAGAAGGUGGAUGUCAUGCAGAUCCUGAAGGACUAUGACGUGCGCCAAACGGGCAAAAUAUCCUUUGAGGACUUCAAUGAAGUAGUGAGCGGACUGAUCCAGGAGCGCGACCCCAAGGAGGAGAUCCUGAAGGCCUUCCGGCUCUUUGACGACGACGAGUCGGGAACCAUCAGCCUGAGGAACCUGAAGCGCGUGGCCAGGGAGCUCGGCGAGAACACCAGCGACGAGGAACUGCGCAGUAUGAUCGACGCCUUUGACGCCGACGGCGACGGCGAAAUCAACCAAGAGGAGUUCCUGUCCAUCAUGAGCGGCGCCUUCUGAACAUCGGGUCGUUCCUCGCACCCGGACCAAUUUGUAAGUGAUGAUGUCAUGCGUGCGGGAGCAAACGGGAGUGGGAGCUUGCUUGUGCGCACGACCUGUUUUAUUUAUUGAGAGAAAAAAAAAAAAGAAAAAGAAAUAAAUGAUUUUGCUUUGUAA